AUGCUCACUCUCUACAUUCUCACUCUCGCACGCCGCAUCUUGCUGGACAACCUCCAGCAUAUGCUCCGCGCUACUCUGCUACUCAACUCUCUUCUCUCUGGCUCCAAGCCCGGGGGCCAAGAGCUGCUGCUGCCUACACCGACGACCAACGAUGGCAUCGACCUCGACCCGACACCGACGCGUGUUGUGGUUGUGACCGCCGACACCACGCUCAUCGCUGUCAUCUGUUGGGUUGUGUGCGUCGUCGCUACCUUCGGUCUGUCUGUCGGCUGGCUGCUCUGGCACCCCUAUGCGCCUGGCUUGGGCAACGGCAAGCAUGUGGUCGCAAGUCUCGGUGCUGUGUGCUCGUCUGCAACUGGAAGGAUGUCGGACCCUCCACGGUGGGAGGCUGACAUAAAGUCGAGGAAGAAGGUCAAGAUGCGCCCUCGGCCUGUGUCCGGGCGUCGUCAACGUCGUGUACGCCUCAUGGAGCGGUCGAAGCAGUGUAGUCCUCGCAAGUCUCAGGCCAAUGCUGAGUCUGCCUGGUCGCUCGGGUCUUUGCCAGUCAUCAAGCUGCUCACUUGGUACUCUCCUGCUGCUGUCGACGAGUCUUCUCUGCCUGCUGCGCCUAGUGUCGAGGAGGUCAAGGCCGACGACGUGGGCUUCUACUUCUCGUCAGCCGACAUUGGGUUGCUUGACGCCUUCGUCCGCGAGCGCUAUGUCCUCGCCUGGAAGCUCGUCUACGUGUCGCUCGGGGACGCCUCUGCCACGCUGAUCCUGCGCAUGCUGUUCACGCACGAGGGCGCGCACCCGGACGACGCACCGACCGACUGUGCUGUCUUCCUCCCGCUCGUCGCUGCGCACGACCAGGAAGCACUGUUCAAGGUGUGGCUUGGCGAUCACUUUGUCGGCGUGGGCCAGCCUGGGCAGAUGGUGUGGAGCGAGUACCAGGUGUAUGCUCGGAGCGUUGGACUGCAGCUCUGGAAUCACCUGUGGGACUGGGAAGUGUCGGCCACGCUGGACGCCAUCGACGCUGCGCUCGCUGGGCAGGAUGGACCUUGUGCUGAGGCGGAAGUUGGCGUUGACGACUCCGGCUUUGAGGACGAGCAUUACGGAUACCACGGCGAGGACGAGGCGGACAACGCCUGGGACGACGGCGAAGACACGGACGGCUACUACCCUGACGGCGAGGUGGCCUAUGAGCAGCAGCCCAGUGGCCAGGGUUCGGCCUACGAUGCGCUGCUCGCUGCCCUCGACGAUGCGAUUGCUAUGCAUGACGGUGCAGGCACCGACAUGCAGCAUGGCGUUGACGAUGGUGGCUAUGAGGACGAAGCGCAAGGAUGCUACGAGGAGGACGAGGCUUAUCGCUCCUGGAAUGGCUCGUACUACGACGCCGACGCGACAUACGGUCCUUGCUAUGGCGAAGACGCGUAG